GUUACUCAGUAAUACCCUAUUCCAACAAUUGAAUAAUUUCGAUUAUUUCUAAUCGAAAUAUUAAUUGUUUUCCUUUACCAUUUAUAAAAUAACAAAACAUUUUCAAAAUGUCUCGUCAAUGGUCUCACAGUGACAAAGUGAUGGGUGUAAGAAAAGUAAAUGCUUCGGCAGCAACUAGUAAACCAGUUGAAAAAUUGGAAAAAAUUAGUCAAGAUCAUCUGAAUCGCGACAAAUAUGAAUUUGGUAAAUAUGGCUAUGGAAAAAAUCAUGUUAAAUUAAUGCAUGUACAUCGAGAUGGUGUUCUUCAUACAAUCCGUGAAUACGAAGUUGAUACUCAUCUACGUCUAUCUACACAAAAGGACUUUUUGGAUGGAGAUAAUAAAGAUAUUAUUGCAACAGAUUCACAACGUAACACUGUUUAUGUCUUGGCAAAGAAACAUGGAGUUAAAACACCUGAGGAAUUUGCAUUGUUAAUAUGCAAUCAUUUCUUGUAUGUAUAUCCUCACGUUGAAGAGGUUACUGUCAGUGUGGAGGAAUAUCCUUGGGAACGAUUACAAGUGGAUGGUCGUGCUCACAAUCAUGCGUUUAUUUUUUCACCAACAGCAGUACGAUUCUGUACGGUUAAUGUCCGACGAAAUGAUUCACCAAAAAUAACUGGAGGCUUACGUGGUUUACGUGUAUUGAAAACCACACAAAGCUCAUUUACUGACUUCGUUCAAGAUGAAUAUCGUACAUUACCGGAUGCGAAUGAUCGUGUGUUCUCAACAGUAGUAGCAGCAAAUUGGGAAUUUUCUACUGCAUACGGUGUUAAUUUUGAUAAAGUUUGGGAAGAAGUUAAAGACUGUAUAUUAGAUAAAUUUGCUGGACCACCAGAUACUGGAAUCUAUUCACCAUCAGUACAAAAUACAUUGUAUUUAGCAUCAAAAAUGGCAUUGGAUCGUGUUAGUCAAAUUAGUAAAAUUGAGAUGACCAUGCCAAAUAAACAUUAUUUAACAAUAAAUAUGUCGAAAUUCCCACCUAGCGUUGUAAAAGGUGAAAAUAAGGAAGUUUAUCAUCCAGUUGACAAACCAAGCGGUAUUAUUUAUGCGCGAUUGGACCGUAAACAAGUUUCAUCGAAAUUAUGAUCAUUUUAUUUCUUUAUUUAAAUAAUAGUUCUUGUUCAGUAUUUCGAUAUAAUAAUUUGUAUACAGCAGGGCAAUGAUUAAUGUUAAAAAAAUUAUAUUUGUAUAAUACGAUAGGGCUUUUACGAUUAAUUAUGUAAUAAGCAUUUAUUUA